AUGGCAUCAUCUUUGGAGGAGCUUCUUGCAGAGGAAGGGUUUAGAGGAAGGACUUCGGUUACGAGGUCGAUAUUAUCCGUCAGGUUAGAGGCUUCGAGCAAGUCGGAUUCGGCGUUUAGUAACAGAGCGAAGACCGAGAGGACGAGGUCCGAUGUAUCUCGGUACAGCUCAAAGGGCGAAUUGUCGAGUAGCGAUAGCACCACGCAUAGGAGGCCAAGAGAUUAUCUUGUUAGAAAAGAGACACUAUAUGCUGAAAUGAAAAAUGGAAAUAAAAACAGGCUUGAAAGAGGCUGUGAUAGAGUCGAAGAAACUGAGAGAGUGAAGGAUGUAUUCGCUAAUGUCGGGCAGCAUAGUUUAGAGAGACGAGAUAAAAGGAAGGAUAAUGCUUCUACUAAAUACCUACUCGGUCGAAGAAGCUAUAGUGAUACGCAUCGAAACAACUUGAAGCUGCAGGAUGCUGCAUUUGACAAUGCUAAUAGAGGUUCACGGAAUCGAAAAAGCCUUAAAGAUGGCCACCGCGAAAAGCAUGAUGAUCCGGUACCAACUAUUCCUCAACCUGCCCUUGAUGAAGUUGCUGUUCAAGCAAUUGUAUCCAUCUUAUGCAGCUAUAUUAAACGCUUUCUCCGAGAAAAGGAAUUCCGCAAUGUCCUUCGUCUCAAAUGUUUCUCCUCCCUCGACUUUAUCGGACUAGACGACUAUGACAUUGAAGACAAAGUCAUUCUCAAUCUUGAGCAAGCAAUCGAGACAGUAGAAAAAGCCGUUACAGAGUCUAUCAGUGCAAAAGAACUGAAAAAAGCUUCAUUGCAGCUUAGAGUUAUAACCGGCUUGAAUUCGAAUGACUUGAAGGACAGCUUCACGAGCGGUUUUCCGAAUGCAGUGCUUUCCUCAUGUGCUCAUCUUUACCUCAGUGUGAUAUAUAAGCUACAAAAGAAGGACAGGGUUUCGGCUAGGCAUCUUCUGCAAGUGUUUAGAGAUUCACCUUCUCAAGCACGGACGAAUCUCUUGCCCGAACUGUGGGAUGAUUUGUUUCGUCCACAUCUUUCACAUCUCGAGGCUUGGUACUAUCAGGAAGCUAGUUCUCUAUCAGAUGCACCAAGCAGGGAGCGGAAACUGAAGCUUAUUGAGAAAGUGUACAAUGAAACCUUGGAUUCUAGCACUUACCAAUUAGCUUCUUAUUACAAGGAUUGGCUCACCGAGGGGAUUGAAGCUCCUUCUUUCCCUUCCAUCCAUGUUCCGUCCGUAUUCGUCCAAAAAAUUCAGCAAGAGGAUUCACUUGCUCAUUCUCCAGAUCUAGCUAGUACAACUAGUCCUUUCUCACCUCAGCCGAUGGUGAGUAAAAAGCUAUAUGAUGCUGUAUUCGGACGAUCCAGUAAACCCGGACUAGAGGAAACCAGAGAUAACGAGUUACAUUACUACGAUACAUGCGGGAAAAGCUCAGGUAGCUCUUCUAUUUAUGUUAAACAAACAUUAACGUGCUCUUCAGAGACGGUGAAAUAUCCAUGCCAACAUAAUGGCGAAGCUUCCUACAGAAGUCUGCAGGAUGAUGCAUCCUCUCUUGCAAUUAGAAAUGAAGCUUAUUUAACUAUGGUGCAGGAAGAUGGCAUCUCCUCAACAGCUGAGGAAGAAUGGAGACUGCCAGGACUGAGCAUGCUGCAAGAAAAAGAAGCUUAUAACGUAUGGAAGACAACUGCACACGAGUACGAUGAGCUACAUGCACCUGUUCCUUUAACUGCCAACGAACUCAUACUUAAAAGGUUAGCAAAAUCGGCAUUUCAGUUGCGACGAACUAAGAUCACGGAUGAUCUUACUCUCUCCGGUCUUCCAAACUUUAGUGGAGAGUUGUAUGAAACUUAUGGAUGUUCUGAUGAAGAAUCCUUAAUCUCAAGCAUACACAAGGACUUUAUUUGUCCUCUGACAGGAAAGUUGUUCGAAGACCCGGUGACUCUGGAGACGGGUCAAACCUUUGAGAGAGUGGCCAUCAAGGAGUGGUUCAAUCAGGGGAAAAAAACCUUUCCAGUAACAGGGAAAUCAUUGGAUUAUCUGUCGGUGCCGCAUACCAACGUUGUUUUGAAAUGUGUAAUCGACAGAUGGAAAUCGGAAAAUUGUACCAAAAACUUGGCAUUGGCCUUUCAUAUAGUUGGUAAUUCGAAGGAACUUGGGUUACCAAGGAGGGGGGAAACGGCUGUAUUCAUUUUAGACCAGUUUCUUGCCACUUUAAGCAAAGAAGAAAGAAUAAUGAAUACCAAACACCUUAUUUCUCUCGGAGCUUUGCCAUUUCUCAUUCAAAGGUUUAAACCAGGAAACAUGGAAGAGAACGUAUGCGGCGCAACACUUCUUUCCUGUUGCAUCGAAGCAGAUUCAGUCUGCAGAUAUCAAAUAGCGAGAGACAUUAACAAACAGUGUCUAUUCGAGCUGGUUUGCAGCAAGCAAGUAAAUUCGAGGACAAAUGCAGUGUUGUUACUGACAGAACUGAUAUGCUUGAGCAGGAGGAAAGAUGUCCCACUACUACUAAGUGACUUGCAGGAUGAAGAUAUAACGAAUACUAUGCAUGCUAUUCAUGAUUAUCUCCAAAAUUCUCCUCUUGUACAAAGACCCUUGGUUGCCACACUGUUGUUGAACAUAGAUCUGCUGGUAGAUCCUAAAAAAUAUGGCUUAUACAGACAUCAGGCUGUUGAUGCCAUUACAGAAGCACUGGAUAGCAGCUUAAUCGAUGAGGAGGUUCGAGAAAAAUGUUGCAGAGCACUACUUAUCCUGGGAGGACGUUUUUCUUUGUCGGGGAAGUUAUUGACAGAGGACUGGAUUCUGAAUGUAGCUGGGUUCAAAGAUGGCCGUGAAGCUAACUCUAUCGAAAAAGAAGCAGAUUUAGAUAUUGGUGACAGUACUCUAUCAGAAGAUGAAGAACAUGCCAUUGCGGAGUGGUUGAGGAAUUUGUUGGCAUCACUAGUUCGAAGCGGCAACAAGUCAUUUUUAGAGGCUAUUUCCAGCUGUUUAGGCUCGGGAAACGGGGAUUUGGUGACUGCUUGCCUAGCAACUGUAGCAUGGUUGACCGGCGUAUUACAAUCACCAACUGAUGAUACCAAGUUGCAGCAGACCUUAUGCACUCUUAUCUCCCAGCUCAAACAAAACCUUGAAAGUGGUGCACAAGUUCACCACAAGAUUUUUGCUUCGAUGUCUUUGCUGAACUUAAGUAAAAUCCCAGAAUACAGGGUCCUGCUAAUGACGAUUGCAGAAGAUAUGGCGAGCCCUCUAAGAAGCCUUGCUGAUGUAACAUGGACAGCAAAGGAGCUACAUGGCAUAAUUUAUUGUACUACAGACCUCUAA